AUGUCGGGUAAGCCAAAGACACUUAUCAAGGAGGCUAAACGCUUCUUAGAAUUGCAAGAUUGGUCUUCAGCAAUUGAGACUUCAAAUAACGUGUUGGAAUUGGAUCCCGCUAACUAUUUCGCUCAUGUUUUCCUAGGUAAAUCGUACUCCAUGGAAAAACAAUAUAAAGAAUCAUUAGUUCAUUAUCAAGAAGCGAUAAAUAUAGAUUUUAAUAAUACAUUAGCAUGGAAAGGGUUAUUUUUGUUAUUGGAGGGUUUAAAAGACAUUGAGGCAUACGUGAGUUACGACGAGUAUUUCAAUAUAUGCGGUCAAUAUGCAGAAGUUCUACAAACGGAGGGUGGGUCCCAAGUAAGGCUAAUUGAUAACAUUAAAGCAUUUGUUGCCUCCCAUCCUGACAGCAAGGAAACAUUUUUAAGACAUCUAAGGUCAGGAAUGACUUUGGCAGAACGAUUGGGUCGUCACUUCAUGACACCGAAGGCAGUUCUUGAACAGUUGCUAAAAAUUGUCUCAGAUAGGGAGAGCAAUGAAGUUUCAAGAUUGGUAAGUAGAGAAAGGCUAAAACUAUCUACCACUGAUCCAGAUUAUUCAUUUAAAUUGAAUACCCUUGCUUGGCAAGUCUAUCAGUCUUCAGAGCUUAAUGCUCUAUAUGAGCAACUAGUGAACGUUGUUGAUGACGAUAAUGAGAGAAGAGAACUAGAGGGAGAAUGGCUAAAAUAUAGACUUAAGUUGCUAAAGGCUAUGCCGAAUGAGUUUAAGCUGUCUUUUUACGAGCAAGUGAAAGAAAUGGUCAUUGGAAUGGUUGUUGUGGAACACGAUUCAUUAUUGGCAUGGAAGCUUUACUUUGAAUGGCAAGAUUACGAAACAUUAAAUGAUUUGGAAAUGGAUGUGGUGUCUAAAUUUGUGCGUAAAUUUCCAACCGAACCAUUAGCGAUUAUUCUAUAUGCCUGGAUAUGUUCCACCUUUUCUGGAUACGAUUCCAGGAAAUUCUAUAAUUUAAUCUAUCCAGAUGGUCAAGUAGAUAAUCCCGAAGCUUCAUUCAAAAAUGAGAUCCAAGACCUAGAAGGAAAUUCACUACAAGAAUAUGGAAUGGUUUCUGAUGAUACUAUGACGAUUCUAUCUGAGUCAGAGGUUGUGGAUUCUUUGAAGAACAUAAAAAAUGCCCAAACGAGCAUACUAGCCCACCGUAUAGUAUCGAAUUACUUCCUUACACUAGAGGAAUAUGAAUUUGCCUUGCCUAUUAUCAAACAAGGCAUACAAUUGGUUGCAAACACCUUCAGAGAUUUGGGACUAAUACUUAUAAAUUCUAAACGCGGUUUGUCAUUGUGUUACGCUACUGUGUAUACAUACUAUGAAUCCCCCAAAAACCACUCUACAGCUUUAGCCUUAUUUGAUAAAUUACUACAAGAUGAACCAGAUAAUCAGAGUGCAAAAAUUGGUAAAAGUUUUAUUUGUAUUCAAAGAGAGCAGUGGGAGGAAGCCCAUAAUAUACUUCAUGAAGUUAGUCUUAAGUCUCCUGAUGAUUAUAAAAUACUUUCUGAUCUAGGUUGGUGUCAAUUCCACUUAAAAGAACACGAUGAAGCUAAGGCUACAUUCCUCCUUGUUUUGGAUAACGUCAAGCCGAUCGAUGUCCGCACAUCUGAACUUGUAAGCCUAACGCAUUGGAGGUUUGCCAAAGUACUCCUCGAAGAACGCAAUGAUUUGAAUGCAGAUUCUACUGAAGUUAAACAAGCCUAUAAGCAUUUGAUACAAGCUAUCAAAGCUACUGAAAUAUUUUCUCCUGCCUAUGCAUUAUUAGGACAUAUUUAUUACAAGUAUUUCAUGGAUCAACAGCGUGCUUUUAAAUGCUUUUUCAGGGCUUUUGAACUGAACCCUAGUGAUGUUGACUCAGUAAGACAUAUUGUCGGAAGAUAUUGUGAAACCGGCAAUUGGAAAUCCGCCUCUGUUAUUUGCGAAAGACUAAUAAAAUCACUAACAGGAACGAUGCUCUCUAAUACUGUUGGCUGGACAUAUCGUACUAUUGGUAUUUAUCAUCUUGAGGAGAAGCAAGAAGCAGACGCAAUUGAAUGGUUUCAAUCUGCAGUUCGUAUUGAUGCAGAUGACGUUGAAUCUUGGGUGGGCUUGGGACAAGCUUAUGCGGGAUGCGGUCGCAUUGAGGCGUCAAUUAAGGUUUACAGGAAGGCAUUGGAGUUGGAUUCGCAACAUAAAUUUGCUUCAUAUUUCCUUGCCAGGUCCCUUUCCCAAUUAGGGGAAUUCGCUGCAAGUAUUGAUAUUUUACUCACAUUAGUUGAUAAAUAUCAAACGGAAGAAGUAUUUCUCGUUUCAUUAGCUGAAAUCACGGUAGAGUAUGCAAUGGAAUUAUAUGACCAGGGUUGCUUAGUAAAAUCUGCAGCGGAGGCAGCAAAGGCCAUUAAGGUCAUUGAAAAUAUUGUCAAGAAUAUUGGUUAUCAAGUUAUCAACCUGUGGAUUGCUUUAAUGAAAGCUAUCAAAAUCUUUAUAUUCAGUCAAUCGCAACUUGAUAAGUUACCAUUAGAAAGUCUUUUCAGCAUAUUUGAAGCAUGUCAAAUAAAAUCAUCAGAACGUGUGGAUGCUAUAGAUCCGACCUCUCUCGAUUCAUUAGUAGGGGAACAAGUGAAUGCAGACGUUUCAAUUGUUGUAUGCUUUCUAAUACUUGCAGCUAAGUACGCUAUUGCUACAUCCGAUUAUGAAUCACUUACGAGAACCGUUCGCGCUUCUUUAUGGUGCAACUUGGGAAUAGCAGGUCUGCUAGCAUAUGUGACGGUCAAAGAUCCAGUAUAUGCCACUUACGCUACCCAAUCUUUUAAAAAGGUUAUAAGGUACCAAUCAAACACAUUUGAAGCAUGGAUUGGCUUAGGUAUUGCGUCUAUGAAUAUCAACUAUCGAGUGUCACAGCACUGUUUUAUUAAAGCAAGUAUCAUUAAUCCUAAAGAUCCGAUGGUCUGGUUCAACUUAGCCUUACUAUCUUUGAAAAACAACGACGUCGAUUUUGCUAAGGAUUUAUUGGUUCAAUUACAGAGCGCUGCUCCUCAAGACUUUAUCUCAUGGUUUGGUAUUGCACUAGCAUUGGAGCAAGAAGGAAAUACAACCGAAAGCAGCAACUAUUUUUCAAAUGCAUUCAUAUUAUCAAAAGGCAGGUAUAAACCAGCACAGCUAUUUUAUGCAAUGGUUAACUUGAAUAACCAAUUAUCAAGUGGUCUCGACGAAAGGGAUAUUGAACCUAACUUGAUAUUAUCCACAGUUGCUUAUAGUUUGGAACAGUACUUAAAGAAGUCACCAGAGGAUAUUUUGGCUAUUCAGUAUGCUAUAUUGACAUUUGAAAGGCUACGUAACUAUGAUACAGUUUCCCGACUAACUGAUGAAAUAUCGGGAAUUCUAGAGAAAAGGUUUGAAACUACUCAGAAUGAACAAGAAUUAUUUAACUAUGGUAUUAUAAAGGCACAUGUGGCACGCACACAAUUAGGUCUAUCCAAUUAUGAAGCUGCGAUUGAGAAUGCAAAUAUUUCCCUUGGUAUUCUUGAAGAAAAGGAUAUUACUGAAAUUGAGAAGACAUUCAUCUCGAAUCAUGUUGUUUUAGGUCUCAGUCACUGUUUUACAGGCAAUUUAGACCAAGCGCUAGAGCAUUUUAAGGUUUUAUUAGCGACAUGUGGUGAACAGCAUGAGAUAGUUCUUUUAAUCUCAAAACUAUUACAUAACAUGCAUACUUCCGAAGCAAGUAACAUUGCAUUCCAAGAAUUGGUAGAGUAUAAUGCCACACAUGGUUCCCAAUGGAUGGUGCUAUUGACUAUGGCAAUUAUAUGCCUCAUAGACCAGCGAACAGAGGAGUUACCCGUCAUCCUUAAAGAAUUACAAUCUUUGCCAAUGGCCUCUUUGAUCAAUGAUAAACACAACGAAAUUCCCUUCAUUAUUUACGAACUAAGGAAAGCUAUUGGUUCUAAUUCAAGUUUAAAUCAGAUAUGGCAAAGAUCACUAUUCUAUUUCCCAAACAGUUCCAAUUUAUGGCAACCAUUAAGCAAUAAAACCAGCUAUAAACUAAACGCAUCUGGUCAAAAUGCAGUCACUGCAAAGAGACUAAGUGACUCCUUGAUAGAACUUGGCAAUCAGUCAAAAAUACAACUCGGUAUGUUCUUAUGUCCAUGGAACGAAGAAGCCGUUAUUACCUUGAAAUCAUGUUUAUAA